AACAUUAGAAGCUAAAAAACACAUCCAACCAGUUCAGGGUGUCCCCUGCCUACUGCCCAUAGUUGGCUGGGAUAGGCUCCAGCACCUCCGCGACCCUCGUGAGGAAAAGCGGCAUGGAAAAUGAAUGAAUGAAUGACUGAAUGAAUGAAAAACACAUCUUUUUCAGGGGUGCCAAUAAUUAUGGAGGGCACUGUAAUUUAUGUUCAAAUAAUGCAAUUUGAAUUUGCUCAUAAAAUCCAGAAUUUUUUUUCUGGAAGUUUUCAAAAUACUUCUUCAGUCAUUUUUGAAAACAAAGGUUUGAAUUGAACUGUGUAGGCUGAACCAAUACACAUAAAAGUUAGUAUAAGUGAAUACAGAUUUUGCAUUGAUCGUUUUUCUUUGUUGUAAAGCACUUCGAGGACUUUUCGGGUUGUGUAAAGAACUAUAGAAAUAAAUUUGAUUAAGAAUGUCCCGUCCCCUGCAAAAAGUUGUUGGAAUUCGCCUCCCCGGCCAAGCCGCACGGGCUGUUGCCGUUUCCGUGCGGAAAUUCCGCGCGUUCACCUCUUGUGUUAACCCUUUGUACUGACUCCAUGUUCCAAAAGUUUGAAAAAGGCUCACUGAAAACAGGUUGACAUUUUAUUCGUCGACAAUGGUCAAAAACAAGGCAAAAAAACAGACGAUGGAGGAACAAGUCUGGAUCCAAAACAAGGCUACAUAGAAAUUGUUUCCGAGCAGCGAAAUCUGUGUUAUCUCAGUGUCCAGUGUUUUUUAAGUCCGUGGUGGAUUAGGCCGUGCCGAAGGUGUGGCUGCAUGUUGUUUCGGGACCAUCCCUCUGUGGCCGGUUUUGGGCGGUCAGGUUCGUCCGUGCAUGGGACGUGGUUGCCACAUCGACCGACGCUGGUCUUGACGUCCCAAGCGCCCGCUAUCAACUUUGUUAUCUGGGCUGGUUCUACCCUAAUUUUCGCACUAUAAGGCACACCUGACUAUAAGCUGCAGCCCACCAAAUUUGGCAUGAAUACAACAUUUGUUCAUAGAUAAGCCGCACUGGACAAUAAACCGCAGCUGUUCUAACUGUAUCAUGGGAUAUUUCCACCAAAAGAUAUUAACCGGUAAAACUAUUUGACAGCGGCAUCAUACGACUGUCAAAAGACCAAAUGAAGCACCAUGAAGCUUUGAACCAAUUUGCUGCAAAGCUUUAUUGCUUCAAGAAGCUUCAUUUGGCCAUCACUGCUCCCUUGGGGGAGACAGUCAACCUCUGCUGCCAUCUGCUGUCAACACUGUUGUCAUCCAACAUGCCUCUUAGCAUGCAUUGCAGUGCUACAGAUGUAAAUAACAAUCAAAAAUCAUGUUCUGUGCUAAAUAUUUCUUCAGUUACUGUUCCAGUUGUUUCAUCAAUUGCUAGUUAUGGUAUUUGCUAACACUUUAUUUGACAGUGGUGCCAUAAGACUGCCAUUACACAAUCAUAAUUAUGACAUGUCUCUGUCCUGAGCAUUCAUAAAUGCUUAUAACAGAUGUCAUUAAGUGUUAUCCGGCAAAUGAUCUCACUUUUGAAUGGAUGCAAAAGAUCCAAGAUGGACAAAAAUUGAGUUGGUGACAUAUUUUGCCAAAUGACACCUAAUGACAUAAGCAUUCAGUGAUGUCCAUGAUAGUGUCAUGUCAUAAUUUUGAUGAUCUUAAGACAGUCUUAUGACACCGCUGUCAAAUAAAGUGUUACCUAAAAAAAUCAACAAAUAAGCCGCACUGGACUAUAAGCCACAGGUAUCAAAAUGAAGGGAAAAAAAGUAGCGGCUUAUAGUCCGAAAAUUACGGUACUUGUUUUGGGACAAAGCACGCUGCUCUUUGUCCUUGCAGAACUGAUUGCAAGAGUUUGGUGCGUCAAUCUUGCUCGUGACGCACACGUUGGGCUUCUAUGAUAAGAUGGCGUUGUGUAUCUAUUCUGCUUUUCAUUCAACUAUGGUGUGCUGUUUAUUUUAUAUUAGGUGUGUUUAGAGUAGUUCAGUCCUACAGUAAAUAUGAGAAAUGAUACUAUUCCCUGAUUAAUUAUAUUACGUGUGUUCGAGUUAGACGGUGCCUGCGAGAAACUACCAUUUUUCCAUCUCCCCCUCAGGAGCCCCGAUAAGGUGAUUCACUUUACUGUGUUCAAGAGGGCAUGGAGUGAAGUCUGCCUAAACUAUGGUUAGAUGAAUGUGUUAGACUAAUGCAAACAAUUAUACGGUGUGUGCGAGAACGGUACCUAUUCCCUUCAAAGUGUACAUGCAGAUUAUGCCAUAUUGUCCCUACCAAUGUUGAGACCAAACCUACACCCUUGCCUGAGGACGGAAGAAGCAAGACGGAUAAUGACGUGAUUUUUUUCAAACCUAAGCUUUCAAAAGCGACAACAACUACUGAGCGAGAACCAAGGAUUGAAGAUGUGGACCACGAAACACCGCAGAGCACCGCCAAAAUGGUGAGCGGAGUUUCAGUUUGCUCCACUAAAGAUGUUAACCCUCAAAAAUUCUGGGGAACAAAAACAACUACUUUUCAACGUAUUAUUAUACAUUUUCCUGGCUGGAAUAUUCAGUCAAAACUGAUUUCGGCGUCUACUUAUCCACGAGGUAAGACGCAAAAUAUUUGACGCAAUUAACGCACAUGCCCCGCUCAAACAGAUUAAAAUGACAGUACAGUGUCCGCUUGUCACUUGUUUUUUGGUGUUUGCCGCCCUCUGCUGGUGCUUUGGUCCAACUGAUUUUAUGGGUUAGUACCAUGAGUGAGCAUGGUGUAAUUGUUGAUAUCAACAAUAGCGAGCUACUAUUUUGUUUUUUGAUUGAAAAUUUUACCAAUUGUAAUAAAACGAAAACAUUAAGAGGGGUUUUAAUAUAAAAUUUCUACAACUUGUACUAACAUUUAUCUAAUAAGAACUACAAGUCUUUCUAUCCAUGGAUCACUUUAACAGAAUGUUAAUAAUGUUAAUGCCAUUUUUUGAUUUAUUGUUAUAAUAAACAAAUACAGUACUUAUGUACCGUGUGUUCAAUAUAUAUAUCCGUCUUGUGUGGUAUCUUUCCAUUCCAACAAUAAUUUACAGAAAAAUAUGGCAUAUUUUAUAGAUGGUUUGAAUUGCGAUUAAUUACAUUUUAAGUUGUAAUUAACGCGAUUAAAAAUUUUAAUCCUUUGACAGCCCUAAGAAAAACACAAACAGCAGGGAUGUCUGUAUGUACGAGCAUGAGCUAAGCUACUAUCCGAGCAUAUAUCUAGUAAGUUGAUUUUAUUGCUGACACUGUUUUGGGGUCAUCAACAUUUUUGUCCCCCCGAUCCCCCCGCCACAAAAAUCAAAUUCCGCCUAUGGUCCUCCUGAUAUCAGGUAUACAUCCUAUUAAUUUAUAUGUCCUGUUAAUUUGGGAACAUUUUGGUGUCCCUUCCUGUUGAUAUCAGUUCACCAAAUGUAAGUGGGCUUUCAUGGUAAAUGGUAAAAAAUCACAAGAACCUGUUUUCCUGUUAUUGAAAAUGAACGGAGAUUUGGACGUACGUGGCUGUCAAUGGCAUCCCAUUAGAAAUGAAUGGGACCUUUUUUGGAGGAACCGUACAUUGUUGCUAAAUUCUGUAUGUAACUUUUAUGCUCCUUACCGUCCUGGAUUUUUUUAAUGUGUAAAUUAUGGGAUUCGGUCAAAUUUGUUUGAAAAGUAGUGUUUUUUUUUUUUUUUUUUUUUUUCAAAAAAAUCCACUUUUACGGGCGAACUGAAAAUUUGGGGGGGUCGUUCCAAAAAUUCUCUGCUUCGCGAAAUAUUACGGUCAUUUUGACAUGCGAACGGUGACUGUUGGACUAACGGUUUGGGCUGGGCGGCACACCGAAGAAACGCCAUUAAAAAAAAAAAAAAAAGAAAUUAUACUAUUGGGCUUUUGCCUUGCAAAUCCCUAUCUAAUUAAAAAAAAUACGUUGUCCUACAACUGCAGCUUUUUCUUUCAAAUGGGAUUUCAUUCUUAUUUUUUUCCCCAAUUUAUUAAAAAUAGAUUUUAUGCAUCCCAAAAACCGAACAAUGAAAUAACAAAAUUUUUUUGUGAAAUUUUUUUUUUUGUUAAAUGACCAUUUUUUUCCUAAAAUAUUUGAAAUACUAGGAAUAACUGUCAUGAAUUAAGUCAACGAAAAUAAAAACGGGAUGCUGCAAAAUCUGUUGAAAUUGUGCAUUCCGGGGCGAGGCCAUGAAGCAACUUUAUUUUGAAGGCGCCUACGUGAUGUGGAAGUCUUUUAUUUUGUUCCUCGUGAUCCACAGGCGGUUUGUGCGGAAGUUACAGCCAGCAGCCAGACAGCCCUAGUUGAAGAACAACAAGAAGGGGAAAAAAGAAAAGCCAGUCGUUUCUUUUCGUCUCUCUUUUUCUUCUUCCCCUUCGCAUCCUCCCUCAACUUUCCCCCGCCGUGUUUAGCGGCGCCUCCGCCCAUCUCGAGCCGAUCAACGAGCGCCUCCGUCGGAUUCAGCUACUUGCGAUCUCGGCGAUGGCGAGGCCGAUCCACAGCGAUCACGUCCUCCGGCAGCUAAACAACCAGCGGGAGUGGGGCUUCCUGUGCGACUGCCUGAUCGCCAUCGGCGACAUUUACUUCCGAGCGCACAAGGCCGUGCUGGCGGCCUGCAGUUCCUACUUUCGCAUGAUGUUCAUCCGCGACCGGCAGGGGGCGGCGCGCCUGGACCUCAGCAACAUGCGGAUCAGCGCCGAGUGCUUCGACCUGAUCCUGCAGCUCAUGUAUUUGGGGCGCGUGGCGGCCAGCGCCUUCGACUUCGACGACCUGCGGGCGUCCAUGGUCUACCUGCAGAUGUACUUCAUCCCCGACUCGCCGGACGACCUGCGUGACCUCGGCGCCGCCUCCGGCCUGACGCCGUCCUCUUCAGAGCGGUCGGCGGGGACCGGCGCCGGCAAGAUGCUCUUCGGCGUGCGCAUGUAUGAGCGGCAGAGGCCGGCCCGCGACGACGACAACGACGACGGCGCCCCCGCCGAUGACCUCGGCGGCUCUGCCAGGUACCUCGCCAGCGACGCCGAGUCGAGCGCGUCCGUCCUGGGGGCGGCGCUCCCGAGCACGGACGCGGCGGAGCGACCUUGCGACCUGAGGAAGCGCGGCGGGGGGCGGAGCUCGGCCCCGAGGGAACGCCCCCGUUUCGGCCGCACCUUCACGUGCGACGACUGCGGCUUCGUCUUCAGCUGCGAGAAGCUUCUGAUCGAGCACAUCCUCACCUGCACCAACCGCAAGACGUACGCGGCCGGCCCCCGCGGCCGAGAUGACUCGGCCGGGGCCGAGAGCUCGGAUGACGCCGGCGUUUCCGUCAAGAGGGAACCGGAGGCGUCGGACCGGGAGCCGGCCGAAGGGGACGACGGGGCUCUCGCCGGCGUCUCGGGCGAGCGCUGCCGAAGCGCCGCGUGGGAAAGCGAGGCCUCGGCCGCCUCGCCCCAUUUCUUCAAGGUGAAAGAGGAGAGCGCGGACGGCGCCCCGUGCGAGGUGUGCGGGGCGCCGCUGAGCGAGGACGAGCGCUCGGCGCACUACCUGUCGCGCCACCUCGGUCACAUCUGCGCCUGCGGGCGAUGCGGCCGCGUGCUGGUCAAAGGACGUCAGCUGCAGGAGCACGCCGAGCGCUGCGGCGAGUCGGACGAGGCGGCCGGGGGCGGCGGCGGGGGCGAGGAGGAAGAGGACGAGGAGGACGACGAUGAAGAAGAGUCGACGGCGGCGGCCUGUCCCCGCUGCGGCCUACCCUUCCGGAGCGAGAGCCUGGCGCUGGAGCACGCCCUCUCCUGCUCCGCCCGCGAGCCGGGGCCCGAGUCGGGGCCCGACCACCGGCGCAAGCACUUUUGCGCCAUCUGCGGCAAAGGCUUCUACCAGCGCUGCCACCUGCGCGAGCACUACACGGUGCACACCAAGGAGAAGCAGUUCACCUGCGGGACGUGCGGCAAGCGCUUUCUGCGCGAGCGCCAGCUGCGGCUGCACACGGACAUGCACCGCGGCGUGGCGCGCUACGUCUGCCCCGUGUGCGAGCAGGGCGCCUUCCUCAAACACGACCACGUGCGACACAUGAUCUCGCACCUGGCGGCCGGCGAGACCAUCUGCCAGGUCUGCUUCCAGAUCUUCCCGGGCGGCCGGCAGCUGGAGGAGCACAUGGACGUCCACCUCUACGUCUGCGGCGUCUGCGGCGACAAGUUCCGCCUGCGCAAGGACAUGCGCACGCACUACAACCUCAAGCACGCUAAGAGGCUUUAGGCUCUCGCGUACUAGUUUUAAAACUGGGUAACGGGGAGUACUAAGAAAUAACGUGCCCGUGCUGCAUAACAUCUACUUUCCGAGAACGCCGGUCGCCCUACCCAAGAUGGCCGGCAAAAAACGGAGCCCUUCACAAGAAGACUCUGAGGGAAGCCCAAUCGGCGUUCUUCCAGGCUGUGACUUUACCCCUAAUGGACGUCCAUUUCAAUUGAAACGGGAGGGUGGCAGAACUGGAUUGGUCAUCUAUGGUAAAUAGCAGAAACAAUCUUUUAAAAAGGAGUUGAGGCCUAAGCUAGUUAUGACUUGAUACGAAUGUCAACGCAUUGACUUUGAUGGGACUCAGGGCGACCAUGUUGCUAGGGUCAAGGAAAGGUCUUUUCAUUUUUCUGCCGUGAAUUGAAAUGACCCCGUCAAUGGCAGCCAAGGAAUUAAGCCUCGUCUUACGAAGGCCAUGAUGGCAAUGACUUAAAUCCGGAUUGUGUCUUUGAGCAACUACACUCGUUGAAUAAACAACUGCACACUCUCCUUUGGUUCAAAUGUCAUUAUUUGCGCUGGCCUCAUUUUGAAGCCGAGAUCCGAGUUGAAUAAACUCAAAAAUUUGAUAUCCAAUGUUUGCGAACGAAGUUCACUUUUUGAAUCAAAUGUGGAAAUAUUCAGUUAUCUCCCAAUUGCAAAACUCACAUCAUAACCAUUAACCACAUAUUUGCCAAGAGGUUGGCAGAGUUCCGCUCAUUUUGGCGUGUAAACGGCAUCGGUGCGUCAAACGGUUCUGGCUAGGAAGAAAUGCCAUGAAAAGAAAAUGGAGAUAAUAUAACCCCGAGCAAAAAGUAUGGAAUCACCAGUCUCGGACGAGCACUCACUCAGACAUUUUAUCAUGUAGAGCAGGGGUCCCCAAACUUUUUCCUGUGAGGGCCACAUAACUUUUUUUCUUCUCUAAUAGGGGGCCGGGGUCAGUUUGUAACCAAAAAGGUGUGACAAUUGCAGGAGUGCCUAAAUGUAAAAAUUAGGGCUGGCAAACGAUAACAUUUUUUAAUCGAGUUAAUUACAGCAUAAAAAAUAAUUAAUCGUAAUUAAUCACAAUUCAAACCAUCUCUAAAAUAUGCCAUAUUUUCUGUAAAUUGUUGGAA